GACAGCUCUACAUCAAUACAACAACAACUACAACAACUUCAAUUAAACAGCACACUCAGCCUGCAACACUUGCAACUCACAACACUCUUAUACAAACAUCAUCCUUUUAAAUCUUCAAAACAACAAACUCAUCACAAUGGCUCCCAAGAAGGUCCUCGUUGUCCUCACCUCCCACGACAAGAUUGACGCCAUCAACAGGCAAACCGGCUGGUACCUCCCCGAAUUCGCCCACCCCCACCACAUCCUCUCCGAGCACAACGUCCAAUUCACCGUCGUCUCCCCCAAGGGCGGCGCCGCCCCUCUCGACCAGGGCUCCAUCGAGCUCUCCAAGGAAGACGCCGUCUCCAUGUCCUUCUUCGAGAACCAAAAGGCCCUGUGGGAGAACACGGCCACCAUCAAGGAGUUUCGCGGCCGCGCGGCCGAGUUCGACGCCAUCCUCUACCCCGGCGGCCACGGCCCCAUGUACGACCUCGUCGACGACGCCGACUCCAUUGCCCUGAUUGAGGAGUUUUACCGCGCCGGCAAGGUGGUUUCUGCGGUGUGCCACGGCACCAUUGCGCUGGUCAACGUGAAGAUUGAUGGCGAGCACAUCAUCAAGGGCCGGGAGAUUACUGGCUUCUCCAACGAUGAGGAGGACUUUGUCAAGCUGACCAGCGCCAUGCCUCUGCUCGUUGAGGACAAGGUCGUUGAGGCUGGUGGGAAGUUUGUCAAGGCGGAUAUCUUUGGAGACAAGGUGGCGGUUGACGGUCAGUUUGUUACUGGCCAGAACCCGGUUUCGGCCACGUCUUUUGCCAAGGCGCUCGUUACUGCCAUUGGUGCCUAAGCUGGUGGAUGGAAAUCAUUGUAUCGCAUUCAGUUGUUGUUGCCUUAGAUCGCUUGUGAUGGACUAGAAAAUCGCUUAAAGUUUUUGCUUUUAUUUCACUCUCAACCCUGAAACUGAUGCUUCUCAAUCGACUGCUUUUU